CUCGAGUACGUCGCGUGCACAUGCAUCCUGUCAUGUGACCUCACUCAUCACUGCCUCAUAGUCUCUCUCAGUCAUCUCAAGCGGACAUGACGGGUUGGAAUUGUUCAGCACCGCUUCUCUCGCCACCCAUUCCAUGUCAAAGGGUUGGUUGAAUGAUGCAGUGUCGAAGCGCUCAGGGAUGCCGCCUACCCGCUGCUGGAUGUCCCGGAUGGACCACAGCAGCCACUCGGUGGCCGGCAGCUCGGUGCUCUUGUCAACGUGGUCACGCAGAUGGCCAUACCACGACUCAUCUGAAUGGAAGCAGACUCGUGUAUGGGUGGGUGGGUGGGUGGGUGGACAGACAUGGAUAUUUUGUGUUGGUUUCGUACCUUCUGUGUUGGUGUUUCUCCCGCUGUUGGCCUCCUUGACGGCCGUGAGAGCUGCAGAAGCGAUCUCAAAGAGCCUCUCCUCUAGCCGUGUGCCGCGGCCGCCCUCACCCUCUCCCUCAACAGCCCGCCGAAGGCACGAACUGAAGUAGGGUACCAGCAGGGUGGCAUUCGCCAGACCGUGCGGCACGUCGUAUGCGCCGCCAAUACUCUCCGACAGGCAGUGGACGCCGCCUACGUCAGAGUUGCUGAACGCAAGACCGGCCAUCGUGGACGCCUCAGCGAGAGCCUUGAAUGGAUAGAGAAUGGCACCUUCCUCGAGCGGCUCAGAGGGAGGGGCGGACGUGGCAGCCACAGCUGCAGGAAGGUGGACCAGGAUCAGCUGGAUGGACCUGCACACAUAAACAGAGACAAUGACGAACGACCAUUCGUGAUUGAUGUGGGUGAGUUACCUGAUGGCCAAUGCGUCUGACACUGGGUUGGCGGGAAGGCCGGUGAAAGCCUCCAUGGCGUGUGUGAGCGCAUCGAAUGCUGCACACAACACACACGGCAAACAGGGAUGGAAAGAGGCUCAAGUAACUGAUGAGCCACACACGACGGAGGGUUCACUCACCUGUCUGGGCAAUCAGGUGGACUGGUAAUGUGGUCAGCAGCUCGGCAUCCACAAUGGCCGCAUAAGGAUACAUGCCAUCACCCUUGAUCGACACUGACGGACGGCACACAUGACACGCACAGACACACGCGUGUGUGCCGAAGUCCAUCCAUCCAGUGUGCAGGUGGUGCUGACCUUUUCGCCUCGUCUUGGGAUGGCUGAGCACGCUCACCCACGUGCACUCGCUGCCUGUCCCGCAUGUUGUGGGGAUAGCCACAAAGUGCAGCGGCCGAUGUACAAACUUGUUCCGCCCGACAAACCUUAGCAGCGCAUCGUCCGCGCUCUCACUGCUCAUAUUAGUUGCAAGCAUCGCCCCGGCCUUUCCAGCAUCGAUGGCUGAUCCACCUCCCAGAGCCACCACAGCAGAAGCGCCCUCCGACACAGCCAUCUCCCCGAUCUUGCGUGCGGUGGAAAGCCUCGGAUUCACCUCGAUAGAGUCGAAAACAGACAGCUCCCGAGGUGCGCCUGCCGCUGUGCGUAUGGCAUCCAUGGCCGUGUGGCACCAUCGCGACGAGCGCAGCCCCUGAUCUGUCACGAGGAGAACUCUGCCAGUGGGAAGCUCGUUCAGCAGGCUCGUGAGCGCGCCGUGCAGGAUCCCGGGACGGAUGAGCAGUCGAGUAGGGCAUCGAAACACCUGCAUCCGGGAUAUACUCUGACGGACGGCUUGGACAGCAGCGACCCUGCAGGCAUCAAACACAACACACCGACACACACGUGGAUGAAUAGACAGAUGGGUGGCUGGGCGAUGCGUGGGCCUGCACCUGCUAUUGAUUGAUUGGCCUUGUGAUAGACUGCACGCAGCAGAUGAAGAUCUCACAAGGCAGAGCCCCCAGAGCUAAGAGAGCUAACAGAGUUCACAAGGGAGAGCUCACAAGGCUUCUUCACUUCUACGCGGAACCCUCUUUCGGGGUGACAGAGUCUGCAAGCUUUGUUCCGAUCGCGGGGGGAUUCGUGAGGGGAUUGCUUCUAUUGCUUUCGCGCUGUUUGUUCCGCCACAUGCCCCGCACCCUACCCUCAACCACAUCCACUUCUUCAAUCUUCUUUUUCCCUUUCGCUCGCGGUUUGUCGCCCGCUUUGAAUGGCAUGCAGGAACACACACCGAAUUGCCCGAGAUGCAAAGGCGUCCAAGGAUCCUGAGACUCGGGUUGGUGUGGCCACACACGCGUGGAACAUGCAGUUGUGAUUUUGACAUACAUGCGCCCUGACUGGUUCACGAGACGCGAAAGACCGCCGCAAGCCUCAUAAACCCUUUCGAUUCAUCCAGGUAUCCAGGUUUGUUAGUCUGUCAAACAAGAGACAUCACGUAAGGUCAAUGCGGGUACGCCCACUCGCUGAGCUGACAUGUCCAUUCUAUCAUGACGAGACGACGCGUCCAUUGCGAUCACUGCUGGACGCGCCUGCAAUUGUUUCCUUUGCUGUAACGCAAACUUAAAGCCGCGUCGCAAAGAAUGAUGUUUUUUACUUUGCAUCGAGUGCCAGAGAGGCUAUCUCUCGCAUCAGGUCGUCCUCGCCCCUCCGUGAGCAGCUCGCCUGCAUCCAGCCGAUCAGCUUCUCGUACUUCGGCGUCACAUGCCCGCGUGCAUCCCAUGGUCUUUCCAUGAGUCCUCCGCGCAGGUCGACGUCCCGUUGCUUCCCGCCCAGAUCGAAGGUCUUCGCGAUUAAGUAUGGCGAGCGCAGGCCAGCGAUGAGGAGCUGGCGGCGCCCCUCGGCCUCUGCAUACAUUCAUGACAGGGAAGAAUGUACAUUCCGUGUCGGGCGACGACAGCAAACGACUCGCAUGACAUACCUGUGCCGGCAGGAAGCCGAUCGUCUGUCAGGCACUGGAUGAGCUCGUUGCGUUUGAGCUCUCGAGAGUUCACGAGGCAAGAUUUGGCGGGGUCCAGCAGUGCCGACAGCAUCUCGAGAGCCUUCUGGUGGCCGGGGGUCUGCGCGAGGGUUACAUGUACAAUCCAGUAGAGCAUACAGCCAAGUCUGGCUAUGUCGGGCUGGAAGAGGGGCAGGCACGGCCCGAACUUUUCGGGCUUGGUGGUGAUCAUCCUCGAGAUGUCGAUCAAUUGCAGAUUGUGAGCUGAUAUCUCAGUGGACACCAUGGCCCCAUCCUGCACAAAAAGAGAGAGCUGACUGCCGAGAUGUAUGUCACCUCGUUUACCUUGCCGGGGAUCUGGAAGCCGAAUGGCUCGUCGAUGGCCUCUUUUUGGAGCGGAAGGAGGAUGUUGCCGCUGUGUGUUCCCAUGGAUGCGUCCAUAGUACAAAUGGUAUGUGUGUGUCCCACUGGUGCGUUAACUUACUCGUUCAUGUCGCAGUGGUGCAUGCCGUGUCCAUGCAUGUGAUAGACGCCCUCGAGCAGAAGCAGCAUCAGGAAGCGCCAAAACGGCAUCUCGACUGACGAGAGGUCUCUGCCUUCGUCUCCGACAAGCGACACGCGCCCUUUGACCGACACUGUGGCGUUUGGGUCGAUCCCAGCCUUUUUGUUGAUGACAAAGUCUUGCAUCAUGUCCAGCACCUCGCCCACUGGCACACCGGCCAUCUCGUCGAUGAUCAGGUACUCCUUAGCGCCCUUUGCACUCUUCGGCUCGUAGAAGUGAGGGAUUCGGGGGAUGGCAUCGAGGAUGCGCUCUGCUUGAGCCGUCUGCCACAGGUCCUUGUAAGCCGUCUUUUCCUUAGCCAGCUCCAACUCCUGGACUCCGCUUUGGUAUUCAUGCUUGGACAGCUUCACGACCACAGGCAGCAGCUUGACUUUCUCGUCUGCAUCAGAGUGAGACAUACAGUCAUUGAAUUUUGUGUCUCAUCCAUUUGUCGGCACAUCCGUUGCUCUCUUCACUGUCCCACUCACCGGGAGAGGUCUUGAGCUUGUCUUCGGGGAAGCCAAAGGGCUUGUCGAUGUGUGCUGCAUACAAUUGAGACACGCAGUCACAGCUGAGUCACUCGCUUUAGAAAGACAACCCCACCUUCAUCGAUGUCGGCAAAGACAACAACCCCGUGCGCUCCGGCGGAAGAUCUGAGAUACCCACACGCAGUGCCGUACAGCGUCUCAACACGGGAGCAAGACAUGUAUAGUGCCAAUGGCAUCAAAUCCCACCUAAUCUGGUACUUCUCCCCAGUGGAGGCGGCAAACUGGCCAUGGCUGUCAAGCUUCUUCAGUGCGUCCCUCUGCUUCUUCUUCUUCCAGAACGUGUAGACGUCGGGCACCUGAACACAAAUACACGAACGGGUCUUCCGUGAACUCGCCCUUUCAUCGAUGGAGCGCAAGAAGAAAAGUGCUCACUUCCGUCUGAGGAUUGCCAUCUGCAUCGACCGUCAGCACGUGGCAAUAGACGAAUUUAAGUUCACACACUUUCCUUGUACUCAUUGGCUUCAUGAAACGCUUCAGGCCCGCCCUUCCCGUUGCAAGAGACCGAAGAGAAAACGCAUGAGCCACUUGCGGGAUGAGCACCUCGGCUGGUGAGAGCCCCAGCACCAGAACCACUGCCACAAUGCGGCAAGAGGUCCACACCGGACAGGAUGUGCG